AUGGUUUGUUGUGGUAAAGCUGUUUAUUUAUUAAGACUGUUUAUUUUAUUAAGUGUACUUUGUUGUUCUGUGGGGUAUAUGAGGGACUAUUACAACUCUCUAUUCAGACCCAUGAGCUUGAAUAAAGCAAAAGUAGAAACUUUAGGAAAUAUCUUAAAGCGACAUGUACAAGCAUUACGUGAUACUGAAAAUAGGAAAGUGGAUUUGGUGUUUCUAGUAGAUAGCUCUGCUAGCGUUGGAGCCACUAAUUUCUUUGAUGAGCUGAAAUUUGUCAGGAAAUUAUUGGCUGAUUUUACCGUGGAUGUAAAUGCAACAAGAGUUUCUGUAAUAACGUUUUCGUCCCGCGGGAAAGUUAUCCGUCAUGUGGACCAUCUUACUAAACCUAAAGCAAGUAAUCAGAAAUGUGGUUUAUUGGCUGAUGAAAUGCCUAAAAUCAGAUAUAUUGGUGGUGGAACUUAUACUUUAGGUGCUUUUAUUGAAGCAAAGAACGUUUUGAGGGCGGCUAGAAGUGAUUCGGCUAAAGCUAUAUUUCUAAUCACGGAUGGUUUCUCAAACGGUGGAGAUCCAAGACCAGAAGCCACUGAAUUAAAGAAAUUGGGAUUGAAGAUUUUCACCUUUGGUAUAAAGAAUGGAAAUGUUCGUGAGCUCUAUGACAUGUCUUCUGAUCCUAAAAAUGAAACCUGCUACAUUUUAGAUAGUUUUGAAGAGUUCGAAGCUUUGGCCAGAAGAGCUCUACACGAAGAUUUGCAUUCGGGAUCAUAUGUGACACAGAGUAAAUCCAGUUGUUCUAGUUUAUGUAAAGAGGGAAGAGAGUGUUGUCAUCUGAAAGCUGAUUGUAUGUGUGGAACUCAUACAGGAAAAUAUGAAUGCUUAUGUCAACCUGGUUAUUAUGGUCAUGGUUUAGGAAAAACAGGAUGUGCUCCAUGUCCUUCGAAGACGUACAAGAACUUUACUGGAGCAGGAGAUAUUAAGUCGUGUUCACCUUGUCCUGAUGAUAACCAUGUCAGUGGAAUAGGGGCUACUGAUAUUUCAGAAUGUACUUGUAGGAAAGGUUAUCAUAAUACUACUGAUACAGAAUGUGCUGCCUACAGAUGUCCCAUGUUAGAAGCACCAAUCAAUGGAUAUUUUGUAAACAGCAAAUGUAACAACGUGUUCAAUGCUGCUUGUGGAUUAAAAUGUCGUCCAGGAUAUGAAUUGAGAGGCAGUAGUUUAAGAAUUUGCCAAGAAGAUAGUACCUGGUCUGGAACAACAACCGGAUGCAUAAUGAAAACCUGCCCACCUUUAUCCACACCAAAACAUGGUCAUAUGAUUUGUAGUCGAGAUGACUUCACCUAUUCUACUGAAUGUCGAUUUACUUGUGAUAAUGGAUUCAAACUGGUUGGUUCCAGGAAGAGGUCCUGUUUAGCAAUUGCUCUUUGGACUGGUAUCAACACCAGGUGUAGAGAAAUAACAUGUCAACCUCUAGCACCUUUGAGAGAUGGAUUAAUAACACCAGCAGGCUGUACUGCAGGAGAAGUAUUAUUUGGUACAACUUGUCUGAUGACCUGUUUAUCAGCCUACACCCUUUAUGGACCAAGUACCAAACAAUGUACCCCAGGUGGUAAUUGGGCACCUCCUAGUAAUGUUCCCAAUCAGUGCGUAGACGAGAAUCCCCCAUUCAUACAAUGUCCAAAGAAGCUAGUGGUUGACGCAGAUCCUGAUGAACCAGAAACUCUAGUGUCGUGGCAGCUACCUCUAGCAGUAGAUAACUCUGGUCUAUUACCACGAACAACAGCAGUACCAGCACUAGAAUCACCUGCAAAACUUCCCAUAGGAUAUACAACUAUAACAUAUAUAGCUGAAGAUUGGAAUAAAAAUAAAGCCAAAUGUAAAAUCUAUAUCCAUGUUGUAGAUAAGACACCUCCAAGAGUUGAUAAAUGUUUCUCACCAAAGGCAGUUGUAUCACCUGACAAGUAUGGAAAUGUGACAUGGGAAGAGCCAAUAUUCAGUGAUAAUUCUGGUGAACCUCUUCAAGUCGUUAAGACUCACACUCCCGGCUGGUUUUCCAUGGGUAAAACUAAUGUGACCUAUACAGCUAUAGAUAAGAGUGGGAACAACAAUACUUGUGUUCUGGAAAUAAAUGUCAUUCCUCAUCCAUGUGAAUUCCCGGAACCACCUGUCAAUGGGAAUAGAACCUGUUUUGAGAAUGAUGCAGGGGUAAUAUGUAAGAUAUUCUGUAUGGAAGGGUAUGCCUUUGCUAUACCACCUGCUCCAGAAUACUUCUGUGCUUAUGAUGAUAUGUGGAAACCUGAGGAUCAGAUGCCUUUCCCCGACUGUUCAGUUAAACAUACAUCCAACGAUCUAGUUCAAGAGGCUAAAUUUAAAUUCACCAGCAAACUCUCCUGUAGAGAUCAGAAACUCCUGAAUACUAUUAAAGGCCGAUUUGAAAGAAAAGUUACAAAUAGAAUCAAUGAGAUCUGUGUUGGUGAUAUAGCAUGUGGUAUACAUGGUCUUGAAACAACGUGUGAAGAGGAUGAAGAUUUUAACAAAGUUAAAUUCAGCUUUGGAAGGAGAAAGAGAAGUGUGGUCAACCCUCUUCCAAGGAAAACUUUUCUCACUUUUGACUUCUCAAUUGAGGGUUCAAUCAAAUCAUCUGGAAAACCAGAUGAUGAUAAGACAUCACAGAAGAAGCUAGAAAAGACAUUGAAAAAGGUGGUAAGAACAUUGCAAAAUGAUGCCAAGGAUGGUGAAUUUGAUAUCUUAACAUCUGGUAAAAAGAUUUUCUUCAAUGGAAUGGAGUUGGAUAGUGAGGACCCAAAGUUUCAGUGUCCAGAUGGACAAAUUCUUAUAGGAUCCGAUUGUGUUAACUGUCCAGUUGGCACAUUUUUCAAUGUUGUAAAGAGAGUUUGUGAAAGUUGUUUUAGAGGAAACUAUCAAGAAAAGGAAGGAAGUAUUACGUGUUUUGUUUGUCCCAAUAAAACAUCAACUUCCCAAAAUAAUUCUAAAAGCCAAGGAGAAUGUCUUGCUCAAUGUCUACCAGGAAGUUUCUCUGAAUCAGGAUUAGAGAGAUGUGAAACAUGUGAUAUAGGAUGGUACCAACCACAGUAUGCUCAAACUAACUGUACACUAUGUCCACCUGGUCUCACCACACCCAGAAGGGGAAGUCGAACUCGUAAAGAUUGCAAAGAGAUCUGUCCACGAGGUUAUGUAUCAAAGAAUGGUUUAGAACCAUGUUUUGCCUGUCCAAGAGGAACCUUCCAACCAGACAUUCAGAAGUCGGGAUGUUUUGAGUGUCCUAACAAUGCCACAACUUAUGAUAUAGCCAGUGUUGCAUUGACUGACUGUGAAGGUAACUGGAAUAUCCAAAAUGAUGGGGCGAUAUCAGUUAUACAGAACCAGCAACAUCAAUUAGCUAUUAAUAAAUGUUUUGAGAACCCCUGUUUUAAUGGAGGAACAUGUAUACCAAAACGUGUAGCUUUUACUUGCAACUGUCCACCUGGUUUUGGUGGUUUAUUUUGUAAAACGGUGGUAGAUGAAUGCCAGUCUAAACCAUGUUUAAAUAAUGGUAGCUGUGUAACGUUGACGGGUGAUUAUAGAUGUGACUGUAUAACCGGUUUCACAGGUAAAAAAUGUGAAAAGGAUAUUGAUGACUGUUUAUCAUCGCCAUGUCUACAUAAAGGUACCUGUAUUGAUGGACCUAAUAGUUAUGUAUGUAACUGUCCAGUGGGAUAUACAGGUGUAAGUUGUGAGAAUGAUGUCAAUGAUUGUACAGACAGACCAUGUAGAAAUGGGGGUACCUGUACUGAUAAGCCUGAUGGAUUUGAAUGUCAGUGUCCACAAGGAUUUAAUGGUGUUACAUGUGAAAUUGAAGAAGAUGAAUGUCUAUCACAUCCUUGUAGAAAUAAUGGGACGUGUGUGGAUUCUCCCGGAGAUUACAGCUGCAUAUGUGUACCAGGCUACACUGGUAAAAGAUGUGGUAGGGGCAUCGAUGAUUGUAAAUCAAAUCCUUGUUUGAAUGGCGGGAAAUGUGAAGAUUUAAUAAAUGCUUACCAGUGUCAUUGCACAGCAGAAUUUAGGGGUGCACAGUGUCAAACAUCCCUGGAUGUAAACUAUCAGCUAGAUUUUGCAGCACCUGGAAUUGUUGAUAAUGCUCAGUUCAGGUUUCCAGAUCCUCCUCUUAAUUCACUCACAGUAACGUUUUGGAUGAAAAGUGAUGAUACAUUAAAUUUUGGUACACCUUAUUCUUACGCAGUACCCGGCUCCGAUAAUGCCUUCACUUUAACAGAUUAUAAUGGGUUUGUGGUACUGGUAAAUCAAGAGAAAAGAGUUACAGAUCUAGAAGCUAAUGAUGGUUUAUGGCAUCAUAUUGUAGUCACCUGGUCAAGUAACCGAGGUGCCUGGAAGAUCUAUAAAGAUGGCCUGAUAAUUGAUAGUGGUUGGGAUUUAUCUACUGGUAGGCCUGUACCAGGUGGUGGUAUGUUUAUCAUUGGUCAGGAGCAAGAUGUUGUUGGUGGAGAAUUCAGUACGAGUGAAUCGUUUGUGGGAAGUCUGACUCAUCUUAACGUAUGGGAUGAUGAACUACCAUUGUAUACCAUAGAGGACAUGAGAAUAACCUGCAAUAAAUAUCUAGGAAAUGUUCUAGCUUGGCCUGAUGUGUACAAAGGACUUCGUGGUACACUAAGUGAUAGUCCAUCAACUUUCUGUCAAGAUUGUCCUCUACCAGCAAAACCUGAUUUUGGGAGCGUGGCGUACACUGAUGUUUCUGCAGGAUCUUCAGCAACCUUUUCAUGUCUACGAGGAUUUAAUGUAGCAGGUAUGAAUGACCAGCUGUGUCUAGCUACAGGACAUUGGGAAGAGGAGCCACCAAUAUGUGCCAAGGUAGAAUGUGGUUUUCCUGGUAACAUCCAAAAUGGGUAUACUGAAGGGAGAAGAUAUAGCUUUGAUAAUAGAGUGAGAUAUCAUUGCCAUAAAGGGUAUCAAUUAGUUGGAAGUAAGACUAGAUAUUGCAACGAAUAUGGUGAAUGGGAAGGUGACAAACCACAAUGUGUUGAGAUAACCUGUGACCUGCCAUUGCUCUCGGUAAAUACUUUGGUUAAAAAUCCUCAAGGUAAAUACCGACCAAGAAAUAGAGUUGAGUUCACCUGUACACCUGGUAAUGUUUUGUUCACCACUCACGACGCAGUAAUAUGUCAAACUGACGGCACAUGGGAUAAGAGUGUUCCAACGUGUGACAUGCUAACCUGUUCUUCAGCACCAGAUUUAGACAACGGUUACCCAAUCAACAAGAAAUCUGAAUAUUCAGUGGGUCAACAGGUCAGUUACGAGUGUAAUUUUGGGUUUACAUUCUCUACAACACAUUCAAACAACAAAGGUAAAGUGACGUGUUUACCAUCCGGUUCCUGGGAAACUGAUUUACCAGUGUGUGAAAAGGUUACAUGUCCAGCAGUUCCAAUGGUUGCUAAUGCUAAUGUCAGUGGUAGUGAUAUUUUAGCCUUCUCAGUGGUGGAAUACAGAUGCCACGUGGGAUAUAGUAUGGUUGGUGAUGAUACUAUUGAAUGUUAUGAAAAUGGAGAAUGGACGCCGGGUCCACCAGAGUGUAGACCUGUUAAUUGUGGAGAACCUCUAUCAUUUGCGCAUGGGUCAAUACAAGGAUUUUCUUACCAGUUGAAUGAUGUGCUUUCUUAUAAAUGUGAUCCUGGAUAUAGACUAAAUGGUGAAUCCAGGCGAACAUGCCUAGAAACGGGAUUCUGGUCUGGAGAAGAGCGCGUUUGCAACCCUGUUUCUUGCGAUCAACCCAACCCAAUAACUAACGGCAAAAUUGAGUAUGAUGGUAUAGAUUUUCAAAGCACACUAAAUUAUACUUGUGAUGAAGGAUAUGAAUUAGUUGGUACAAGACAAAGAUCGUGUCUAGAAACAAGACAGUGGUCUCAAGCAGAACCAGAUUGUUUGCCAGUUAGCUGUGGACCACCUCCAGAUCUUAUAUACGGGAAUUUCAAAGGAAUGCCACCGUAUGUAUACGGUGUAAUGGUAUCAUAUUACUGCAAUGAUGGAUAUGAAAUUCUUGGAAAUACCAACUUAACUUGUGAAAGCACCGGCUGGUGGAAUAAUGUCGUUCCUUUAUGCAUCCAAAUUUCUUGCCCACCACCCCAGCCACCAACAAACGGGUUUGUCAAUGCUUUAGGUCUGGCUUACACAAGCAAAGCAGAAUAUGAAUGUUCAGAUGGACAUAUUUUAGAAGGUGUCAACUCAAGAACAUGUCAAAUAGACAAAACGUGGACUGAUACAGUACCUAUAUGUAAGCCCUCCGAGUGUGAACCGCCAGUGGAAAUACAAAACGGAAGAGUUGAGUACAAGGAUUUAAGCAUUGGAGCUAUUGCUACAUAUACAUGUGAAUUAGCUCAUAGGUUAGUAGGUGAUAAAAUUAGAAGAUGUUUAGAUAGCCUUACUUGGAGUGGACAGGCCGUUAUGUGCAAACCAGUGCAAUGCCCAGAUUCUUUCAAUGUGCCUAAUGGUAGAGUUGAGAUAUCAGGAACAUCUUUUGGGUCUCUUGCAUCGUAUAUCUGUGAUGUAGGAUACAACUUAAAUGGUGAUCAAGACCGAGUCUGUGAUGAAUUGGGUGUAUGGUCGGGUUCAAGCUCUUCUUGCCUAAUAGUUGAUUGUGAUAAAACUGCUACGGUUAUAUCAAACGGUAAAAUGAUCGGAAAUAAAUUUACAUAUGGCUCGGUCAUCCGCUACGAAUGUGAUGAUGGCUACACAAUGUUAGGAUCAUCUACGAGAACAUGUGAAAGCAAUGGAGAGUGGGAUCAGCCAUUGCCAGUAUGUCAGGUGGUACAAUGUCCAAGCUAUAUACUUGCGAAUGGUUACGUGGACGGAUUUAAGAGGGAUUACGGAUCAACUGUUACCUAUUCAUGUAGACAGAAUUUUAGAUUAGAAGGACCAAGUUCGCGUACUUGUCUUUCUGGUGGUGUUUGGGGAGGGGCUGAUCCAAUCUGCGUAAAGAUCGUGUGCCCACAAAUAACUAACAUAGCAUUUGGAUCUUAUGUCACUAUUGAUAGCAGAAAUGCUCGAUAUCAUUGUGAUGAUGGCUUCAAUCUUGUUGGUCAACAAGAACGAUUUUGUGAAGAGAACGGCACAUGGUCUGGAACGGAACCGUAUUGUGAUAUUAUUCAAUGCCCCGACCUCUCAAGCUAUACAAUACCCCAUGGUUCUUUGGUUCAAAACAGUAUAGAAUUUGGCUCUCUCGUAGACUUUCUUUGUGAUGACGGAUAUCAGUUGAUUGGUAGUACAGGUUCGCAAUGUCUAGCAAGCGGGGCGUGGUCUCAUGAGUUUCCACGAUGUACCCUGAUUUCAUGUGGGGAACCAGGUGCCGCCUUGAAUGCCAAGAUAAUUGGAUCCGAUUACACAUUUGGAGCAGUUUUAAAUUAUACAUGUUUAGACGGAUUUAAGAUGGUAGGAGACGCUCAACGACGAUGUGGUCUUCUUGGGCAGUGGGAGCCAGGCAGUCCAAGGUGUGAGACAACCAUUUGUCCCGAUUUAAAUGAUAUCGACUAUGGAAUAGUGACCAUCCUCGGAAACACUUUCGGAGGAUCCGCAGUGUACAAAUGUGUAGCAGGAUAUGAAAUAUUUGGCUUGGAUAACAGAAUGUGCUUAGCAUCAGGAGAAUGGGAAGAUCAAGACCCCAUUUGUGCUCCUAUCCACUGUCAUCAUCCACAUGCUUUGAAGAACGGUCAGAUUACUGGCACUGAUUAUCAUUUUGAAAAGGAGAUAGUGUAUAAGUGUAAUGAGGGUUAUAACCUUCGAGGUAAUUCUGUCAGACUAUGUCAAGCUAAUCGAAGAUGGAGUGGGAAGAAGCCAACCUGUGAUAUAAUACGAUGUGAAGAUCCCGCAAGGUUUCAACACGGUAGAAUAGAGGGUGGCGUUUACACUUUAAACAAUACAAUUACUUACAUAUGCCACGAAGGAUAUUUACUGGUCGGAGAGUCAACUAGAUUAUGUACCAUCAACUCAGUUUGGAAUACAUCUGCACCACGAUGUGAACGAAUAUCAUGUGGCCAGUUCCCAGUUAUUGCUAAUGCGGUUAUUCGUGGCACAGAAACUCUCUUUAACACUUCAAAUGUCAUUGAGUGUAACAAAGGUUAUACCCAAUUCGGAGAUCCCACAAUAACCUGCCUUUCAAAUGCAAGUUGGUCCGUCUCCAAUUUCAGAUGCAAUAUCGUCCAAUGUCCACCAAUAUAUACUAUACAACAAGGGGCGGUUUUAGGAUCAAGCUUUGAUUACGACAUCGAGAUUUAUUUUACUUGCAAUAUUGGUUAUGAUCUAGAAGGAGAAGAGGCUUUGAAAUGUCUUUCUAGUGGAAAUUGGGACUAUGCAAUUCCUUACUGCAUAAUAGUUCCUUGUCCUGAUAUUACGGUGCCUGCUCAUGGGAAGGUUAACGCUACUUCCGGUGCAUAUGGUGAUGAUAUAGAAUAUACAUGUAAAAGAGGGUAUGAGCUGAUAGGUGGUAAUAUUAGAAGAUGUUUAGACUACGGGGAUUGGGAUAUCUUAGCCCCUUAUUGCCAAAUAAUAUCGUGUCCACCUCUUCCAAAGACCAUAACUAACGGAAGACUUCUUUCUCAGUCAGAUAACUAUACAUUUAAUUCAUCUGUGGAAUUCGAAUGUAACAAUGGAUAUGAAAUGAUAGGGAAUAGUGUCUUAACAUGCAGAGAAUCUGGAAUGUGGGACAGCACAAGUCCGUACUGCAUCAAAAUAAACUGUCCUCCUCCUGGUGGCCUUCUCAAUGGACAGAUCUUAGGUACAGAAGAUCUUAUAGAAUAUGUGUGUAAUGCUGGUUACAACCUUAUCGGAUCUAGAGAGCGCAGAUGCACAAAUACUGGUCAAUGGGAUGCCGAUGCCCCUUUUUGUGCGGCUGUAAGUUGCCCUCCACCAGAAAAGAUAUCCAAUGGAGUUAUUCUUGGUGAUAAUUUUACUUUCGGUUUUCAAAUUCAAUACCUUUGUCAUCUUGGUUACAAUAUCAUUGGUACUGAACAAAGAACAUGUCUAGCUCUUGGUAGUUGGGACAAUCAAGAACCAGCAUGCGAAGUUGUGUCUUGCGGUUCUCCACGGGAGCUACCCAACGGCAAGAUUAUUGGAAGAAAUUUCACAUACGGACAAAUAAUUCAGUAUGUUUGUGACGAUGGGUACAUCUUAAACGGUGAACAAAGCAGACGAUGUACAGAUACGGGGUCCUGGACUUCCGGCAAAACCGUCUGCGAACGGGUAACAUGUCCUCUGCCACAUAUUCAAAAUGGAUUUAUUUUGAACUCUCAAACGUCUUUCUAUGGUGGGACUGCAAUUUCUAUUGAAUGUGUGUUAAAUUAUAGGCUAAGUGGAUCACCUUAUAUAGAGUGUCUUAACAAUGGUACGAUCUAUCCUAACUCUCUUCCUAUCUGUAAUUUGAUAACAUGUCCAGAAAUAACUAGUCUGGAAAACGGGCGUGUUAUUGGUUCUGAUUUUACUGUCGGUCGGCAAAUAGAAUUCGUAUGUGACCCUUCUCACCAACUUGAUGGCGAAUAUACACUGGAUUGUUUAGCAGAUGGAACUUGGAACUUUGACAUUCCAGUAUGUCAAGAAAACUUUUGUCCAACGCCGUCUCAAAUACCUAAUGGGAAAUAUUUUGCGUCACAUAAUUUCAAAGAAUAUCGUAUUUACGACAGGCUAACAAUUCAAUGCAAUGAUGGAUAUGAAGUUAUUGGGGAAACUCAGAUAAUGUGUCAAUCAGAUGCAACCUGGUCUCACCAAUUCCCUUCGUGUGUUCCUGUGGAUUGCGGGCGACCGCAAGAUGUUUUAAAUGGCCAACUAGUUGGCAUCAGCUUUAAAUACUUGGAUCAAAUAUCAUAUACGUGUAAUCCAGGAUAUAAGAUAAAAGGAGGGGGUCAGCUUGAAUGUGGAGACGAUGGAUCAUGGGUUGGUGCCUAUCCCACAUGUGUUCCUAUAUGUGGACAACCUCCAGACAUACCAAAUGCUUCAGUACAAGUGUCUUCAAGAGGAUCAAGGAAAACCGCCCGGUAUACUUGUGCAAAUGGUUACUACAUAAUAGGUGAUCCUAAUGCAAUUUGUGAUCAAACAGGUCAGUGGACAAUGGACAACAGUCUAUCAUGUGACUUAAUUACCUGUCCUAAUCCAACACAAAUCAAUCACGGGCUGUACCUUCUAAAUCAAAGAGUUGUUGGUUCGGUAGUAACUUAUUCUUGUGACCUUGGGUACAAUCUAGUUGGAUUAUCUACCAUGGAUUGUCGUGAAACUGGAGAAUGGCAUGGUGUGAUACCUAGAUGUGAUCCAGUUUAUUGUGGUCCGCCGCAAACAACUACGCGUUAUUCUGGGGAUGAUUUUACUUUUGGUAGAGAAGUUCAUUACGAAUGUGAUGAGGGACAUACACUACAAGGUUACCGUAAUCUAAUUUGUCAAGCAAAUGGUGAAUGGAGUGGAUUAGCCCCAACAUGUCAACGUAAAUCGUGUGGUCCCUUAACCAUUCCUCUGCACUCAAGAGUGAUUAGCGGCGACCCUCUCAGAAAUAUACUGUACAACGACACAGUUGUGUAUGAAUGUCAUGCUGGAUAUGUUAUGGAAGGUAUUGCAGAACUAAAAUGUUUGGCGAAUGGAAGGUGGAAUGGAAAUCAGCCAAUAUGUCAACUACCUCUAAAUAUUGUUACCGUUUGUGAUGAUAGGGUGAAUGUAAAGAACUCGGCACCGUUUAUUACAUCUUACAUUCCUGGAGAAAGGGCUACUGUCAAUUGUAAGAUUGGUUACCAUCCAAGAGGUAAUAUGGACACCACCUGUAAACAAGAUAACACAUGGACUGUUCCUUCAGGACGAUGUCGACGUGUAUUUUGUGGUCGUCCAAGAGUAAGAGAUAUUGUGAAUAUAGUGAUUCAAGGUUUUACUUAUUUCUACAAUGAUAGAAUACAAUAUAUGUGCCGUCCAGGAUUACGUCCCAUUAAGUUUCCGCCUAUAUUAACUUGUAAGGCUGAUGGUAGAUGGGACGGUGAAGCUGCAUGUGCAGCUGAAUGUAAAUUACCAUGUCAAAAUGGUGGUAUGUGUAUUGGUAUGAACAGAUGUAAAUGUAGACCAGGUUUUGGUGGCAUCCAAUGCGAAAAGCCUAUUUGUAUAUUACCAUGUUUAAAUGGUGGUGUAUGUAGUUCACCCUACCGAUGUAGCUGUCCAAAGGGUUAUAGAGGGUCAAGGUGUGAAUCAGCAAUUUGUCAGACACCCUGUGAAAAUGGAGGAAAGUGUAUGAGACCUGGCAAAUGCAAGUGUUAUAAUGGAUUUAUACCACCAUAUUGUAAGACAAAAGUAAUAGACAUUUCCAGGAGACGAUGAGAGAUCUUAAUUCUUUCUAAACCAAUUUUCAAAAUGAUUUAUAAUAUGAGCUUAUUAAUAUACAGCAGCUACAUUCAUUUAAUACUAUAGAGUGGUUAUAUAGGGAUUAUAAUCUAUGCCUAUUAUGAUAAUGUUCAGAUACUUUUUUACUUUCAAGGAAAAGCUUUCAACCGACAUGUAUAUUAUGUGUUAUAAAUCACAUCAAUUUUUUUUUAACAAAACCUCCAUAAACAAUUGGUUUAUGGAGAUGGCUUAUGAAUUUGACUGUCUGGUCCCUUAUUAAAAUAAAUGUCUACUGUGAUAUUUAUAUUGUCAUGUAAUCAAGCAGAUAAUUGUUAGGGGUUUUUCAGCUUUUAGUCAUGCUGUUAAUUUGUUUAAUUGUACAAUCCAAAAGUUAGUAUUGAAACAUGUUAGAAAACACAUUUAAACCAAACUGUUAAACUGUAAACAAAUUAUUAUUGUAAAAAUAAAACUAUAUUCAAGAAACUU